AUGAAUGGAAAAGCUGUGCUUUAUUGUGAUGCAUCAUCCAUAGGACUUGGGGUAGUUUUGCUCAUUGGUGGAGUAGUUGUUAAAGAUGCAGCAUGGCUACGGCCAGCAAGUGACACACACCAUAUCAAUAUAAGUGAACUGGAUUCGAUACUUCGAGGACUAAACUUAGCUAGUAAGUGGGACAUAAAAGAGUUAACAGAAGUGGCAAAAGGUAUCCAGAUUGUAGUACAAUGGAUUCCAUCCGAAAUAAAUUUGGCUGAUCGACUCUCACGAAUCCCUCAAAAAAGGUGCAGAACAGUGUGUGCAGUUGGAUUACCUGAACAAAAAGACAUAUGGAAAAUUCAUUCGAUUGGUCACUUUGGUGUCGCUCGAACAUUACAACUUUGCUUGCGAAAUAACCAGUAUGUAUCACGUAAGGAGGUUUCAGCAGUAAUAGCAAAUUGUAACCAGUGCAACUCCAUCGAUCCUUACUCUGUACAGUGGAAGAAUGGUCAACUAAGCGUAGAAAAAAAUUGGAAUCGGUUUGCCAUUGACCUGACACAUGUAGGUGCUGAACUGUACUUAUCGAUGAUUGAUUGUGGUCCAUCACGAUAUACAAUAUGGCGUAAACUAACAACUAAAACAGCUGCUGAAGUUGUUGGUAAACUUGAAGAAAUAUUCUCUUUAUUUGGACCGCCGGUAUGUCUUCUAAUGGACAACGAAUUUCGGUUCAACACGUUAACAAGCUUUGCUGAAGAACGGAAUGUUAAUUUGGAAUAUCGAGCAGCACAUCGAGCUCAAGGUAAUAUUUUACAUUAA